AUGGCACUUGAUUCGCGUGAACUACGAUUCUUAAGCGGCUCGUUCGCCGAAUUUACUUCACACUGUCGCUUUGCAUCUUCUUCCUCAACGAUAGCCUCUGUGCUCGCCUCUGGUGCGGCCGCCGCAAUCGAAUACGAGAAUUCGUUUUACCGUGUAUCGGAAGACUCUCGCCGCGUGCCGCCAACGUCACAACAAAGACAGGCGCAACCGCAAACACAACGGCGCAAUACGCACACGAAGAGUAGUAGUAGUAGCGCACCAGGGAUUUCUGCGUUGCCCACACAACCCCGCCAGGGCUACGGCCCAUCAAUUCAGCUCACGGAAGAGGAACGGGCUUUGUUUACCCUCCUGCGCCAAGUCCGUUCCGAAACCAAAUUGGAUACCACAUUACGGGUUGCUGGGGGGUGGGUGCGGGACAAGCUGCUCGCAACCCCAGAGUUUCAGACUUAUCACAAAGUAUUGGAUGUUGGUAGUCAACGCCUUACUUCAAAGUUUCAAAAACCGUCGGCACCGUCCAUGGGACGGCAAGGCACCAAAGUAUUGGUGAAUACCGACAAAGAUGCACAACCUGUUGAUAUCGACAUUGCGUUGGAUGAUAUGUUGGGACGAGAGUUCGCCGACCGUUUGAAUGAAUACCUUUCGAUGGAAGGCCAGGAUACCAUCGCGGUCGGAGUCGUUUUAAAAAAUCCCGAAAAGUCGAAGCAUUUAGAAACUGCUACUAUGAAGGUUGGUUCCUUUUGGAUAGAUUUCGUUAAUCUCCGCGCCGAGGAAUACACACAAGCUAGCCGUAUUCCUGAUUUGAUGCGAAUUGGUACCGCCGCCGAAGACGCCUUUCGCCGUGAUUUGACCAUAAAUGCCUUGUUUUACAACGUCAAUAGUGGGCAGGUUGAAGACUGGACAGGUCGUGGUUUUGAUGAUUUACGUAAAGGCGUAGUCGCGACGCCCUUACCGCCACUUACCACUCUGUUGGACGAUCCAUUGCGAGCCUUGCGCUCGGUACGCUUUGCGGCGCGUCUACGCUUUACCAUGGACGAUGAACUAGUAGCAGCCGCCAAAGAUAAAUCUGUGCGAAACGCGUUGGCGCAAAAAGUGUCACGUGAACGAGUUGGAGGAGAACUGGAUCUCAUGCUGCGAUCGCCCGAUCCAGUUGGUGCCAUGCGGCUUUUGAUCAAUCUGAGGCUGAUUGAUACAGUUUUCCCGAUUGAGCACUAUUUGGCACCGGAUAAAACGACAUCUACAGCUACUCUAUUUGACAAAGGGCUUGAGCUGUUAUCUACUUCACAUGAUCAUUUGGCAGAUUGCCGAUGGUCACCGCCUUUAUGGUGCAAGAACUCCCGUGCAGCCUUUGGAGCCGUCGAACACCGUCUUUUACAAGACGAAGAAGCUCGUCGCCUGUUAUGGUACGCUGCUUUUCUAAAGCCAAUUCACGAUCGUACGCCAGUGAGACAGGCAUCCAACCCAAAACUGACAGGGAGGAAAGCGAAUCGUUCCGCCGUUGCUAAGUUGCUGGUGGAUAAACUCAAGCGACCUACCCGAGACGCCGAGGCUGUCGAGCGUAUCAUCAAGGCUUCCACAGAUUUUACACAAUUAGUAAACGCUGGCUGUGACAUUUCAGCUACCAUGAUCCUCUUGAGCGACGUCCGGAUUACGUACGUUGCUAGUUGUGACGAGUUUGACAAAUCAGAGGGCCUGACCGGAAGUUUAAUUGGUACAAUGAAUGGACGCCUCGUUGACAGUGCAGUUGAAGAAGAUCCAGUAUGGCAACAUGCGAUGGAGUUCCGAAUGCUUUGUGCGAAACCUUUACAGCGGGUUGGCCCACUAUGGCGUGCCUCAUUAUUUUUGAGUAUUUCUGAGGCCAUGGCAACCUUGGAAGAUGGAUUUACAAGACUGGAUUACACUAUUGAAGGAGAUGUGUUUGAUGAGAUACUGGAGGAGCGACGACAAGGAGUGAUCGAACGAUAUGACGCGUUUGCGACGGCUCUACAGCAAACUGGAUUGAUAGGCAUUUGGGAUCAGCCGCCUCUACUAGACGGUGAUACUUUGAAAACGAGCAUUUUAAAAGGUAUUCCGAAAGGACCAGCAUUUCGAGACGUUAUGGACGAGCAAUCAAACUGGAUCAUUACACACCCAGGCGCGGACGUCGCAGCUCUGAAAACGCAUUUGCAAGAAACCUUUCCGGAAUACAUCUAA